UAAUACAUUAUUUUAUGGAGAAAAAAGAUUGUUUCAUCGUCUUCUUAUGUCUCUCGGCUUGUUUACUAACCACACAAUUCCCAGAGGUGAAUGCUGCAAGGAAACAACCCCAGGAGGAUAAGCUUAUCCUCAAUGGCCAUAAGAUGUUGUUUGUUUUUGGUGAUUCCUAUGCUGAUACCGGUAAUUGGCCACCUACAAAUGUUUCCGGGUCUUGGAGGGAACCUUAUGGUAUGACUUUUCCCGGCAAACCUUCCGGCAGAUGGUCCGACGGUCGCAUUCUCAGUGAUUACAUAGCUUCAUAUCUAGGAAUUGGAUCCCCACAGCCCUAUGCUGCGUGGAAAAGAGAUGGGGAAGCAAAGCAAUUUGGGAUGAAUUUUGCGUACGGAGGGAGUGGCGUCUUUGACACAUACGUUGACGGGCCGAACAUGACCACACAAAUAAUUUAUCUGCAACAACUCCUCCAACAAAAUGUGUACACCAAACAUGACCUAACUUCGUCCGUGGCUCUUGUCUCUUCGGUUGGGAAUGACUAUAAUUAUCAUACAUUUACAAAGCAUAUGGGUGGUUUUGUUAAAACCCUUACGAAGCAACUUAGCUUGAACCUUAAACGCAUUCAUGAGAUGGGAGUUCCCAAAGUAGCAGUGACAGCAAUGGAACCUUUGGGAUGCAUACCCGGAGUAGCUUUUUUAACCACUGGCAAUUACUCCAAUACCUGCGACGAAAGAAUGAACAAAAUUACGAGGUUUCACAACCAACUGCUAAAACAAAACAUACAGAAACUCAACGACGACCAAACAGAUGGAUCUCCUUUUGUAAUUCUUGAUCUCUAUGCCGCCUUCAUGUCCGCCUUGAACAUUCAACACAACCGUCCAGGGAAUUCUAGUUUUGCACAUCCAAUGCAGCCAUGUUGCUUGGGUAAAUGUGGGGAGGUUGAUGAGAGUGGAAAGAAGGAAUACAGAGUGUGUGAUAAUCCAAAGAUGGCAUUCUUCUGGGAUAUAUUUCACCCAUCGCAGCAAGGAUGGAUGGCUGUUUAUUCUGCUUUGGAAACUUCCCUCCCCAAUCUCUUUCACUCUCAGCACUCAGCACCACCUUCGAAAUAUUAAAGACAGAUGAAUUUCUGUAAAAUAAUACACUACUUAAUUGUUUAAGUAUUAUAAUUGUGCGGAGCAAAUGCUUUAAUUUGUUUAAGUAUUCAAGUUAAUUGAAAAUGUAUGAGCUUUUUAUAUAUGAUUAGCAAGCACAACUGUUACAGUGUUUUGAAUGAAUUAGUAGAAUUUUACAGUCCGUUUGGUUCGAUGGAAAA